AUGACUUCAUCUACAAAUGAAGCGGGACCAGAAGUAUUGUCCGGUUCAGUGGCCGCUGCUCUCCCGCCAGGACGAGAGGCACUGAUGACCUCUCACAUGGAAACACAGCAGGAUGGCGGCUUUGCGCUGCUCGAGAUGAGCGAGACUUAUCUUGAGGACCGCAAGUUCAGAAAUAUGGGUGAUGAGUACCUCAGGUUAAAUCCACGCCAGCCGUUCCGCUUCAUGGACUUGCCCACCGAGAUCAGACUCAUGAUUGCCCGCCAUUUUAUGAAGUCCGAUAACGAUGGAGCUCUACUCUGCCGUUGGCUCGAAGUUUCCUCGGAGAGACGACGCGGCACAUUCGAAGGCAUGGAUAAGCUACUCGCCCUUGCUCAGACCAGCAAAAAAAAUCAUGCUGAGCUUUCCACCGUAGUUUGGACCGUUAAUACCUUCCAUUUCCACGGAAAGUCGGCAUGCUGCCUCGAUUGCGUUAUGUUUCUCAAGGAGAUGGAAUGGAUUCGAGAAGCCUCCCAGUUCCUCUCGCGCAACACACCAUUCCAUCACGCAGAGCCAAUCACGCUCCACGUAGACCUAUACCGUAACAGCGCCACAUACAAUAUCGACCUAGUUGCAGCCUGCUCUGUGUUCUCAAUCAUUCAUCCGAAGGCUGAGUUCAGUGUCUGCAAUUCAAGUUGGGUACUGACAGGCUUUUCGGUGGACCGAGUCGAUUUAUCUGAGGAUCUCACGUCUGCUUGA